AUGGUUCCCCAUCCAGAAAAUUACUUAAUGGCAGAUAUUGAUAGGGGGCUGAACAGGAAUAGAAAUGAGCACAAAUCAUCAUCUAUUGACCAAGAAUUCACUUCUGGAGAUGAUCCUACCCCUCUCCUAGCAGAUGAACCAGAGUCAACAAAUGCAUCUGGGUACUUGGAACCAUCAAAAAUUGAGACCCCAAAAUAUUUGGAACUGAUAUCAGAUAGCCACACAUCUUCCCCAAUGUCUGAAAAGCAGUCUGUUCGAGGUGCACGACCGAAAACAAGCUCUACUUCAAGUCUACGCAAAUCCCCUACAGAGAAAAGUCCCACAAAUACCAAAAAGAACAAUAAUGGCUUCAGUGAUCUGAAUGGCAAAGUGAAGGGCUCAGGUGGGGCAGCUCGGCGAAACUUCCAAGGGUUACACUAUGCGCAAUUGGCUACCUGCAGCACUGACUCCUCUGUUGAUGAGGAUAGUGAUGAUGAAACCAACAAAGAUAUCAAUUAUAUCACCCCUCAAGUCAGCAUGUCAUGUACAUUGCUGAACCAACUCCAAAAUGAAACAAAACAGCGAAAACUUAGCAAGCAGACAUCGGCACCGAUUCCUGUGAGGAACAAUUCUUUGUCCAAUGACAUUGUCUGGCUAAACAACAGCUCAAUAGAUGACCAAAAUGCCAACAAUUUUCUCUUUCACAAUUCAUGUGCAUCGCCAACAAAACUACAAGUAUGGGCAGAUAAAAACCGGAACUUGGUCGGGAAGAACUCAAGCAUGCUUCCGAUAUCUGACUGUCCAGAAUAUAUAAAUACCUCACAACCGGCUUCCUUGAACUAUCCUACUGGACGAACCACAGGUGGUGGGGCACCAGUCUUCAGUUCUCAACCUACCCUUGUUUGA